GCGACAGCUGAACGACAGCCUGCUGGAUACUCGAGAGGAGUGGAAACUCGGCAGGGAGAAAUUGCAGCGCUACCACGAUGGUCAAAUCCACACAGAUUGCCAGGCUCGAUGGCCUGAUGUUGGCAGCGUCGGUGGACGAUGAACAGGCAGAAGUUGAACUUUCCGAGAUCAAGGGGCAGGCAAAGAUGAUCUUCCGGCGGCUGAGUCGCAAUGCAGCGCCCCAGGCGAGCAUUGAAUCGGGCCAGUACAAUCUACACUACCUUAUCAAAGAUGAUAUCUGUUUCCUGUGCAUAUGCGAUCGCUCCUAUCCGCGCAAGCUUGCCUUCACUUAUCUCGCCGACCUCGCAACCGAAUUCACUACGACAUACUCCCCCGCACAAUACCAGUCUCCCAACCUGCGACCGUAUGCUUUCGUCGAGUUUGAUACCUUUAUCCAGCGCACCAAGAAGCUUUACCAGGAUAGUCGAGCCUCGCAGAACCUCGACCGGCUCAACGACGAACUCCGAGAUGUGACCAAGGUGAUGACCAAGAACAUCGAGGAUCUUCUGUACCGAGGUGAUAGCUUGGAGAGGAUGGGUGAGCUAUCGGGGCGCUUGCGCGAGGACAGCAAGAAAUACAGGAAAGCUGCGGUCCGCAUCAACUGGGAGUUGGUGCUUAAACAGUAUGGCCCAUUUGCCGGUGUCGGCCUGAUUUUCAUCUUCCUUCUCUGGUGGCGCUUCUUCUAGUUUUCUCGCGAAGCAGUUGCUUCUGAAUACCCACUCGUCUGAAUGUACACAUAAUUUCUCCGGUGGUUGCAGGACACCACUUUUUCCUUGCCCAAGCCUCCGGGCUUUUUUUAAACAAUUUAUGAUCGAUGAGAUAGCUUAAGACAGCCCGUGGAAUGCAAAACAAUGACUGGGUAGGCGCGUCGGGAUGACAAGUGUUGUCAUUCAUAGCGACAGUGUUUCGAAUAGAGCUUGCGGUUAACCAUGCACUUUCGG